UAAUUUCUUUUACUUUCCUUUUCUUUUUAGAUUUGAUAUUGUUAAUGAGUCAAAUGUUCCAGUAAAAGUAAAUAUAUCUUUUGCAAUAAAGGAUGUUAUCAGCAUUCAAGAAAUAAAUCAUGCUUUCACUUUAAAGUUUGCCCUGGCAUUGCAUUGGUAUGAUUAUCGUUUAUCAUAUUAUAAUCUGAAGAAAACAAAAUCUUCAAAUACUCUUGCAGCAGAUGAGAUGGAGAAGAUUUGGAUUCCAUUUGUAGUAUUUGAAAAUACACAGGACAAUGAAGCCACAAUUGUGUCAAGAAAUAGUGAAGUCACCAUAUACCGUGAAGGAAAUUUUGUUCGAAGUCCUCCUGAGGUGUUGGAAGAACGAAACAUUUUUGAUGGAAAUGAAAACAAACUGGAAUUUCAAGAGGUUUACACUAAAACCUUUAAAUGUGAAUAUCAGCUCCAGAUGUAUCCCUUUGAUACACAGAUAUGUAAAGUAUUACUAACAGUACGAGGGUCAGAAAAAUCAGUAAUGGAAAUUACUCCAGACUCUAUUCUGAUGGAAGGAGAAACAGUUUUAACCCAAUAUAUAUUAACCUACUGGAAACUAGAUUAUGUCAACUCAACAUUGCCUGAGGCUGGGGUUAGCAUCAUGAUAGUUCUGAAGAGACGAAUAAUGAAUGAGAUUUUGACAACAUAUCUACCAUCAGUUCUUAUUCUAAUAAUAGUAUAUGUAACCAACUACUUUAAACCAUUCUUCUUUGAAGCAGUUGUGACAGUUAAUCUGACAUCUUUACUGGUUCUAACAACUUUGUUUAUUAGCGUCUCAGAUAGCCUACCACCAACAGCAUAUGUUAAACUGAUUGAUAUUUGGCUAAUAUUCUCUCAAGUGAUUCCAUUUUUUGAGGUUUUACUUCAUACCUUCAUGGAUAGUAAAAGAAAGGAUGGUCAAGACAGAGAAAUUAACCAUCAUGGGAAAAUGAUUAAAGUUGGCAAAAAAGAAUCCACAAAUAAUGAUUCCAAUGUCCUGUUUGUUCGGGAAAAAAGUUUCUUAUUGAAGGAUGGAAAGAUUCCUAAGAGUAUCCCCUUUGACCCUGAGUUAAUUGCAAGAAAUGAGAAGGAAGAACUAGAGGCCAGACAAAAAUUUUAUAGUAAGGUUGACAUCGACAUCUACUGGAUUCAAUUUGGUGAAAUAACAGGCAAACUACUCUUACCAUUGUUCAUCAUCAUCUUCACUAUUGUGUAUUGGAGCUUUGGAUUGUACCAUUACUUUAAAGAAGAUUAUUCCUUUAAAAUAUAAUAAAAUUAAUUU